AUGAAUAAUUAUAAAGUUUAUUUAAGAGUAAGACCAAUUGAAUAUGAUCAAUCUAUGCUAAGUAUAGAUUAGAAUGUUAUCUCCAUUAAGGUAUUUGUAAUGAAAAUAAUGGCAGGAUCCAACAAAUAAAUAAGCAGAAUGGCAACAAUAUCGGUAUGAUAAGAUUUUCCCAGCAUCCUCAUCAUAAUAAGAACUAUUUGAAAGUGUGUUUAAUUUUGAUUAUGAGAAUAAGAAUGGAUGUAUAAUAUCUUAUGGGCAAUCGGGCAGUGGUAAAAGUUACUCCUUAUUUGGUAAUGUUUAAAAUCCAGGAAUCGUUCCUUUAUUGAUUUAACAGAUUCUUCAAAAAGGGUCGAAUGUUCAAGUUUCAUUUCAAGAGAUUUAUGUGGAUUAAAUAAGAGAUUUAAAUACGAAUCUCAUAACUGAGGAGUUUACUAAGCGAUCAAUAUUGUUAAUCAAUGAUUUUUGGGAGAUGAUCAAAAUUGUUAGAAGCACCGACAUCAAAAGAUAGAUGAGAACUCAUAUUAUACUCACAUUAGAGAUAAACUCCAAUACUAAGUUGCAAUUCGUAGAUUUAGCAGGAUCUGAGAGAGUGGCAAAAAAUAUAACUGAAGGAGAGAAAUUUCAAGAAGCCAUCCUUAUAACUGCUAGUCAUCAAGUACUUAAUCGUUGCUUAAAUUCUUUCAACCAAAAUCCAAACAAAUUGUUACCAAAAAAAGAAUCCAAAUUAACAUCAGCAUUAAUAAUUGAAAAUAAUACUCAAGUUGUUUUAAUAGGAGCAAUCAAUCCUAGUCAAUCAAAUUAUGAAGAAUGCCUAUUGACAUUACAAUAUUUAGAUAGAACUAAAAAUAUUUAGGUUUCAAUUAAAAAAUAGCAAUCGAUGUUAGGUUUUGAUUCUUAGAUUAACGUUCAAUAAGAAAAGGAAAUCAAGAAAUUAAAGGAUGAGAUUGAGGAAUAUAAAAUUAAAAUAGAAUAAUUAAAUGCUGAUAGGAAGAAAAGAUUUCUUGAACUCUAACGACUUUUAGGGUUGGAUAUAGAUUUAGAAAGACUGACUGCUAAAAAUGCAAAGGAUAUUACCAUAUUCAAGAACUAAUAAGAAGCUUUAUUAAAAAAUGUUAGCUUAUCACAAUAAAUUGAUGAAUAUCAUUAUGAAAAUGCACAAUUAAAAAGACAACUUGAAGAUAUGAAAAAGGAUACUCAUUCGAAAUUGGAAAGAUAUUAAUAGCAAAUCUUGGAACAAAAGGAAAUCAAUAAAAAAUUGAAAGAUCAAUUGCAAUUAUCUAAAAUGAGUGGGGAUGAUGCACUUAGACUAUUAUCCUCAGAUAGAGAUCAAUUUAUUAAAAAAUUGUAAGAUGAAUCAAAAAAUUUACUAGAAGACAAAGUCGCUUCUAUUCUCAAUCUUCCUUAAACUGCUUAAACUAAAAAUGUUGAAAAUCAAAAGCUUCAAGAAUUAAAGAAGUAAAUCAAAACAGAAAUUGAAAAAGAAUUUAAUAAAACCCUAGACAUUAUUAAAGCUGAAUAUAAUAAGUCUUUGGAACAUUAUAAAUUUUAGUAUGAGUAAAAGUUAAGCGCUAAAGUCGAAGAAAUUGAAAAUUUUCUUAAUUAAUUCAAGAAAUACAGAGAGAAAAAAAAGUAUAAUCUUGUAUAUUUUAUAGAUCCUAGAUAAAUGAAAUUGUCGAAGAAUUAUUAGAUUUAUAUGAUAUUAUAUCAAAGUAAGGCAAAGUUAUUGAUAAAAUCGAAACAGGAGGAUAUAGUGGUGGAUUAAAAUCAUUCAGUAUUCCAAAACAAGACAAACCUAAUUUGCCCAAUAAAGUUAAACAUAAAAAGUAUGCUUUUUAAUACCAAUUUUAGCUUAUUUCAUUUUCUGGAUACUAAUAGUGUGACUGCUACCUUAACCAAAAAGGCGUCCACUAUUGAAAAAACAAUUAAAACAGCUACGAAAUAAUUAAGAUAAUCAUAAAGCUAAAUUAUUUUAGAAAUCGAUUAUAAUUAAUUAGAUUCCAUUAAUUUUAUGUCCAUGGAUUUCAGUACUGUCAGAGCAUAUGCAAACAAAUUAAGAGAGAUGAUUAAAGAACUACAAGAUUAAAUUACUAUAAAUUCAGAUAAAUUUAAAUAAUAAAUAGCGCAACUUUAGAGAGGUAUGAAUUCAAGUUUAUAGUUUACCCAAAGAACGUGAUGAUGCUUAAUAAAAAUAUAAUAUGGAAAGCAGAAAAUACAAUUAAACAAGGGUCGUGAUAGAAUCAUAAAAUAGAAUUUUGUAAAAGGUUAGACCACUUAGUUCAGUUUAAAGAAAAUAGUGA